UCAAUUAAGUGUGUAUCAAUUUAUAACGGGUUACCGCUUUGGGGUACAUGAUGACUUUGGGACAGGGUAUAAAUACAGCAAGAUAGUAUCUCAGACGGGUCACUUUACUUUCAGAACGGGAGUGUCGCAUAUCGGCUACAGGACCUGUUCUUACUAGGAUAUAUACCAACAAGCAUGCGGUCAGUUAGUGUAUGUGCGUGUGUGUGUCUACACAUCGCUAUAAGCUAUGCUGCUGUUCUACCCGAAGCCCUCCACUACAUAGGUGUUGGCUACAACAUGCUUCGUGGAAAUCCCGACGGUAACUUUUGGGCAGCCGGCGGGGACGAUCCAGGCUUGAUGAGUACAAGAAAGGUCCUUACCCUGUCUAGUUAUGACGUGGUCCCAGCGGAGAUUGUUUACGAGCACCAUGAUCAAUGCAGAAACGCUCAUGAAUUCUCGUUCUUCAGCGAUCAGAAAUCGUACCAGAACAAACUUCUUGAAAGAAUUCAGUCGUCAGGCACAAACAAUGAUGUACUGCUAGACAAGGCCUUUACAAUGAGCUCUGGGUUCAAAGCAGUUGAUCAACAGACUCGCCGGGACUUCUACGUGUUUCAAGAUGACCAGAAUACAUGUACUUCCGGAGCGGCUCGUUACAAACUGGGGUUGGCUCAGGGCAACCAUUACAAACUAUCCGACGAAUUUGCCGCCGCCGUCUGCGCACUCCCGAUCGUCUAUGAUCAACAAGUUUACAAGCAAUUCUUAGACACAUGGGGAACUCAUGUCACCACUGCUGUUGAAACUGGAAGCAGGACCACAAAACGUUACAUGGCACCUUUAAGGGACUUCAUUGAAUUCGUGAUGAAUAAUUCUUCAAGAGAUGUCACUUUGGGUGGAUCUUUUAUGAAUCAUGCUUCUUCAUUGGUUGUUGAUAUCAACGCAUUCCGAUACAGGAAAGAAUACAGAACUGUUGUUGGAACACUACAAGAUACACUUACACUCGGAAGUGAACAAUUCCCAGAACCAAUCGGCUUCACAAUGAAUGUUAUCUCUGACAUGUUGGACCCAGCUGAAUGGCAAAAUAUGGAUGACUACAAACAGAGAGGAAUUUGUCCACCAAGUGAGGAGGCUGCUUUAACAUACCAAAGAAAGAAUCUUGAACAAGCAAUAACUGAAUACCCAGGACUUCUUGGAGCCAAAUCACCCGUCUCUUCCCCAGUAGCGAUGCCAGUAACCUGGCCAAAAGGAACUUACUCCCUAGCAAAACCGAACGGUGGUUGCCCAGCUGGAGACUUCACAUGGUAUGAGGGCUGGAGGCUCCAAGAUACCGAAACUCAGUCCCCGGAUAACGCAUGGUCUGUGAACAACCACUUUGCAGGUAAACUUGAGAAGGGUCAAUAUCAACUAGAAUACUGUACAAAAGGAGAGAAAAGUCCAACAGAUUUUGAUAGACAUUGGCCAAAGGGAGAUUACUGUAUCUUUAAAUAUGGCGACUGCCCAGUUGACUUUGCAGAGGGUUACGUUAAAUGGGAUGAUGAAGACAGUUUGAACAGGAAUGACUGGCAGGGACUUCUCCCAGAUGGUGUUUAUGAUGAGGACACUCUACAGAGAUUCUGUUGCAGAUCCGAUGGUCUUCCAACUGAACCAAUUGUUUUGCCAACAGACAAACCUUUCUACUUAUUCCAAUACAAGAGAGACAUAUGCCAGAAAGUUUCAAACAUGCAGGUUACAGAGGAGUGGCUGAGAUUCGACGAUGAGGAUUUCAAAACACCAAGCAACUCUGAGAUCGGUGCUGUCCACCCAGGAAUGGAAUUCUGGAACCAGGCAACUGGUGCAAGUGGAAGCGAAGUUUACUAUUGCUACUACUCACCUCAAACAAAGAAAUAAAUCUCAUUUUGUCUUAGGAUCAAAGCUGUUUUCUGGAGAGACUUUUAAUAGCGGUCAUUAUUUAUCAUUUCUUAGUGAAAUACCGAAAUUGCAACCAUAUCUGGGCAUGUUCAAAAUGCACGUGUCAAACAUGCAAUCAUUGAACUUCAUAGGAAUUUCAGUAGGCCACUUAACUUAUUCUGUAUCACUGUAUUUCAUGUACUUAGUUCAAAGUUAGUUAAACCGUCUUUUCCAUAAAACAUAUUUACAUGUAUGUGUCAUUUCAACGUCGUCUUUGUGUGUUUAACAUAAUUAUGCUUGUGGUUUACAAUAAAAGUUAUAACACACAA